CAGAAGAAUUCACGGCAAGGUUGAGUCAAUACCAAACGGCGAAUUUUCCGUACGGACAGUAGCUGUUCUUGUUCUAGUCCUUGGGAGGAAAUUUUGAAUUUGGGAAUUGAUUUCAGAAUUCCGAUUCUACCCUAAAUUUCUAUCCGUUUCUCGUCUCAAAUCUAGCCGGAGAAUGCAGGAAUGGUAUUAGCAACUCUCCAUAUUAUUUCUUAGACGAUUCAACUUGUAGACGCCAAUAAUAAAUAAAAUUUGAAGGCUUAUAUAUACGCCAAUACCAAAUUACUGGUACUAGACCGAACUUUGAAAGUUUGGUUUUUGGUAUCUACUUUCGAUUACAGAUUACAGAAAUCGAACUUUGGAAAUACCAAACGCCCAACCCCUAACCUUAAUUCCCUCCUUAUUAUCUCCAUCAACGAGCUGAUAAAUUCCACAAAAUCUCAAUGACUUCAAAACUCUCUUCUCGUUUAGCUUCUCGUCUAGCUUCCCAUUUCCUUCGUUCUGUCGUCACCGGCGCUGCUGCCACUACCACCGCUGCUCUAUCCAAAUCUCACCCUUUGAUUUCAGUUUUCCGCCACCAGUCUCGGCCCUUAGUAUUUCCCCAUUUCAAUACCAACCAAACUGUUUUCACCCUCAGAUCCUUCUCCACACUCUCCCGGCCCGCACGAUCCCACCGUUCAGCUCGGCCUGAUAUCGCAGCCAAAGCCCGGCAACUCCAAACCCGCCGUCUGUGGACCUAUGCCAUUACCUUCAGCUGCAUAGCAGGUUUCAUAGUAAUAGUCCUUAACCAAUUCCAAGACCAACUUGUAUUCUAUUUAACCCCUACAGAUGCUCUAGCAAAACAUGCUGAGAACCCUACAAGAUCCAAAUUUCGACUUGGUGGAUUAGUGCUAGAAAAUAGUGUAACACCAAUACCCAAUUCCCCAGAAAUGGAAUUUGUGAUUACUGAUUUGAUUACUGAUAUUUUGGUUAAGUAUGACGGGUCGUUACCGGAUCUUUUUCGGGAAGGGCAUUCCGUUGUAGUAGAAGGGUUUAUAAAGCCAUUUACUGAAGAGAUGAAGAAGAAAGAGAAUGAAAUCUUGAGUGAGAAAAAGUUACAGGUAACUGAGAAGGCGAGAAGUGGGGAUUGUUAUUUUGGAGCUACUGAAGUGUUGGCUAAACACGAUGAGAAGUAUAUGCCUCCUGAAGUUGCAGCUGCACUUGAGAAGAAUAAGCAGUUGCUUAGUCAGAUGGAAGGGAAUGCGGAAGAGGGUGAUGAUGCAGCACCUCCAGCUACAGCGAGGGCGUAAGGCUCAGCCAAUUAUAGAGUAUGGUAAAAAUUCUAAUUGAUUAUUUUCCCGAAAUGAUGGAGUUUUGUUAUAUUUAAAUUAUGAUUAUACUAUUGAAGGAAGUCAGAAAAAUGAAUGGAUAUAUAGUUGAUUUACUGAGGUUAUACCAUGAAUUUUGUUGUCAUAGAUGUUGUGUCCUGUACUAACCCUGAGGAAUGGGGUUUCAGUUUAGAAAUUUUGGAAUAUUUAGUAAAUAAAUGACAGUAAUUAUUUUUUUUGACAUUGAAUGCUUGUAAUUCUUUGUGUACACUCAAUAUAGAGGUCAUUGCAGGAAGAAAUAGAGAAUAAAUCAGUUCCGAGUU